AUGUACAAGCACAACCUUGUUCACACUGUAGACACACAGCAACAACAGGAUGAAGAGACAUGUCUUUGCGAUUCGAUACCACCCGAACCAACGAAACCAACACUACACAAGUCUCGACCCCGUAACAUGACUUCAGUAAACAACGUCGCCGCCACUCCCUCGUCUGAAGUCCAGGACCGACUGUUCAAGAUUGCAAAUCAGGUAGCCCUAAAGUACGCCAAAGACUAUUCGUGGUCAACAUGGCACUCUUGGAACGUAGUCAACCAAGCCGCGGGACUUGACGUGGGCCUACUGGGGACUGGCCGCUCCUUCUGGCACACGACUGGACGCUUCGCAACGUGCUUGGGUGUAUCUACACGCAUUGUUACUGAACUGCAGGCCACCAUCGGUAGCAGCAUGGAUCGGGGCUUUCGCCAGUAUGCUAAUCAUGUUCACCUGAUGACGUGCGCGCGGCAUGCAGGAGCAGAAACAAAGUACCAUGCUGUGGUCGGCAUGUGCUUGGAUACAUUUGCGCUUGUCAUCGACCACGCUCUACACCCCGUGGCCAUGGAGAUUCCUCUCGGCGGCGCGUUCUACACGGCUGCUUACAUUCCGCUUUCUGGACCAGAGGGCAUGGAGCGCUUCAGGUAUUUCCGCCAAGCUGGUGAGUUCAAGCUGACUAUGGAUAACGCAUCUCCCCUGCAGACUCCCACACGCGCGUCUCUUUACUUCUCAGAGAUGGACGUGGACGCUACAACCACCCAACUAGCGAUCCCAGCUGCUCUCGAGCUACAGCCAGUCAAGGGCCAGUCGCACAUCCUCAUGCCUCCUCGCAAGCACGUCUCCGUGCGCUCGCUCCUCGACGAGAAGCCCGCGCUCAUUGCCGCCGAGCCCGUCGACGGGAAAUGGCUUGCAACGACGCUGCGCGUGCAACUCGACUUUGCGAGCCCCAUGUUGACGGUGCAGAUCCCCAUGGCCGACUGGAUCAUGAAGCCGCAAGGCAAGGGCUGGUUAGGGAAGCUCUGCCACCACGCGCCCCCGGGUUUGAUGCUUACCACUACAGAUGCCACUGUCCUGCUCCAGGUCGAGCUCGAUGCCGAGAACUCCGCGCACUGCUGCAAGGAGUUGAAGGAGGUCGAGUUCUUGUCCGCGCUCUGUGGUGAGUUUGGUCUGCGUCGUCAAGGGUUGAUGAGCAUGGUGGAUUCGGUUUACCGGACGUGGACACCGUAUCGCCUGAAACGUGCGGAUAGUAUCAUCGACGGUGAAGUAUCAGGAGACGGGGUCUGA